AUGUCUAGACUUGUUCUAGUGUCAGAGAAAUGGAAACAGGAGGCGAUGAUUCAUUACGUGGGAUGGUCAAAAGGCACGUGCGAUGACAGAGCUAAGUGCACUGUCGGGUAUAAAUGGUACUCUAGGGGGUUCCAAAAGAAAAACGUAAACGGACAGGACCUGUCGUGUGGUAAUGUCGAAGAAGCAGUUAACGCAUUUUGCAAAACUCAAGAACCAAUCGUUUUAGAAGUGUUUCGUCAAGAAUCCGCUAAGCCCAACAUGGCUUCAGAAAAUGUAGAUGGAAUAGUUGAUUACGUCAUGCAAUGUGAUGGAACAACACAAACUGAGUGGUCAGGAGGUUGGGAAGAACCGCCAUUUGGAUUUUUCCCUAUUGGACGGUCAAGACUUAUAGUAACGCUACACCGGAAAUGCAGUUCUGAAAAGCUAGGCCUAACAUUUUGUAGCAGUUUCUCCAACGAAGCUCACAGACAUAUCUUUAUCAAUCACAUCGAAGCAGGUAGUAUAGCAGAUAAAGAUGGCCGACUACAGGAAGGAGAUCAGAUUCUACAGAUAAAUGGUCAUUACCCUCACACUGAGGAAGAAGCUGACACCUUACUUUCUGACAGAUAUCUGGACCUAACAAUUCUGCUUGGCAGGAUUCGGUUUCAGGAAUACGACGGCACACUAGAAAAUGAAUCUUACCAUGUUGAAAAAGACAGUGGCGUCGGAAGAACUGACGAGAGUACGAAGUGCGACGAUAGUUCUGGGGCCGAGAAUAAAGAAAGUGAACAUCUCGUCUACAAAACCCCAAUCUUUGAAAAGGUUUUCUUAAAAGAAAAAACUUUUUCCGAAGAUUAUUCCUGCUUGGAGAAUGUGGAGGAGCCCAAUCCAGAAGAGGAAGAAUUCUGUCACCACGAGCUUUUUCCAGCAAAGUGUGUCGGCACAAGUACAAUAAACGAUCAUUCUCUAGGUCCGUGUUAUAAUAAUUUUGACAGAGAGUUGAGGUAUUUAAAUGUAGAGCUAGAAAGCGUGCAGCUAGAAGAAGCGUCCAUAGAGCCCAGACCAAGGGUAUGUUCGGAACACAUGUCUGGAGAUAAUCCUGUUGAAUCCAGAAGGGGAUCCAAUAGCAAAGCUCGACAGUUGUGGAAGAAAAAAGAAUCGGUGGAAGGAUGGUUAAUAAAUACUGCACAAAGGAGGAAACAGGAUAGAAGGAUCUUCCAAGGCCAACCGAUGAAGGAAGAAGACAGCUCCAGAGUUUCUUGUAAGAGAAUGAGUUCAAGCAGCUUAAGUGUCAAUCCUGUGAUAACGCAGCUUAAGGAAUGUGAUAUUCCGUGUGUAACAUGUGACACUUGUCAACAAGCUGAUGGUGACUUUAGAAGAAGAUGGACUUCCGAAGUUAGAAGUUCCCAACAGUAUCAGCAACAAAGCUUGACUUUUUAUCCUUGUGCGACCAUGUACACGAACAAACAGAACUUACAACACACAAUAUGGCUUCAGCAAGAACUGUUUCGUCAAGCACUGGCACAUCAGCGGCAGUACAAUCAACGGAAUACCUUAUCAACGUGUAGCCGUCACUCACGGGAGACUCUUCCGAGCAGCAUUCCCACCAGUCCCAGCAAAAGUAUUGCCGUGAGUAGUGUAAAAGAUGAGGAGGAGGAGGGGACGAUGGAAUGGAAGGUAAAGCGGAGAUCUGACGGAUCGCGAUAUAUUACCAGACGCCCUGUCAGGAACAAGUUACUCAAGGAACGAGCUCUCAAGAUCAACGAAGAAAGAUGUGGAAUCACCACUGACGAUGACGCAAUGAGCGAAUUGAAAUUUGGACGCUACUGGCCCAAAGAGGAACGCAAACGUCACUUGGAAAGAGCGCGUGAUCGCAAACGAAGGGAAUGGGUGAUGCGCAGCAAAAUGGCCGUUGUAGAAGAACGCGUGGAAGAAAAGGACGAUGUCUCUUCAGCACGAGAAAGACGAAAUGAAGGGAAAGACUCUGGAAUUCUAGAAAAGAAAAAUGUUCGCAAGAAACACAAAGUUGUCUCAGAGGACCACCGUUCAGUUCAUAACAGCAUAGCACGUAGCUUUAAGGGACACAACAAGACGCAAGGUUUGCUCUCUGUAACCACAGUGUAGAUAGAAUUGUUGAAAAUGCCAAGUACCACACCAAUCUUGGCUCCAGGUACAA